GAUAUCAGCUUGCUGAGUCAUACCAAAUUCAUUACUACGUCCUGGACGCCAUGAGGUGUCGUCAUACUCUUCGCCAUAUAGAAUGGGCAAGGUGCUGAUAAUGUGUCGUCUUGCCGUCGUCAAAUGUGAGCUUAGCUGUAUUUCUAUCGUGGAAGAAGAACGUGCCGGAUCGAACUUAAUCAAUCAUAACGCUCCGUUUUAUCGGCCAUCACUGUGUCGCCUCAGAAAGUGGUGGAGUGCACCGCAUAUAUUGAUUGAUGACAUAUAGAUCCAUGUGAGUACAUGAAGUAAACAA